AAGCCCGGCCCUCUCCUGAGCCUCCUCCUCCUCCUUCUCUUUCCUUGCCUGGCUCCCAUUGCAGCCCCAAUCCUUCUCCGCCAUGGCCUUCGCCCGCUUCGCCUCCACCUCGGCCUCCGCCGCCAAGAAGCUGGUCGUGAAGCAUGUCACCGUGGUUGGCGGGGGACAGAUGGGCGCAGGGAUUGCCCAGGUUGCUGCAUCCACCGGCCACACUGUGAUGUUAGUGGAUCAAUCAGAUGAAAUAUUAAACAAAUCCAAGAAAGGAAUUGAAGACAGUCUGAAAAAAGUGGCGAAGAAAAGGUUUGCAGACAAACCUGAGGCUGGUGCAGAGUUCAUUGAGAAAACGUUAAAGAACAUCGGCACAAGCACAGAUCCCGUCUCAGUUGUACAUAGUACUGACCUUGUAGUGGAGGCCAUUGUGGAAAAUCUAUCGGCAAAACAUGAGCUCUUCAAGACACUGGAUAAGUUUGCACCAGAGCACACAAUAUUUGCCAGCAACACCUCUUCCUUGCCAAUCACAGAUAUUGCCAAUGCCACCACGAGGCAGGACCGGUUUGGUGGCCUACAUUUCUUUAAUCCAGUGCCUGUGAUGAAACUUGUGGAGGUUGUCAAGACACCUAUGACCAGUGAAAAGACUUUUGAGUCCCUCGUCGAUUUUGCCAAAGCGUUAGGGAAGAAUCCAGUAGCAUGUAAGGACACUCCUGGGUUUGUUGUGAACAGGCUCCUUGUACCUUACCUUAUGGAAGCUGUUCGGCUUUUUGAAAGAGGAGAUGCAACCAAGGAAGAUAUUGAUAUAGCAAUGAAGUUGGGGACAGGCUAUCCCAUGGGCCCAUUUGAACUCUUGGACUAUGUUGGCUUGGAUACCACCAAAUAUAUUAUAGAUGGGUGGCAGGCAUUGGAGCCAAACAACCCCCUCUUUGCUCAAAGCCCGCUGCUGAAUAAACUGGUAGAGGAGAAGAAACUGGGAAAGAAGACUGGUGAAGGAUUUUAUAAACACAAAUAAACAUUGCCUUGUGCUAUAUUUGUUUUGCCUGGAUAAGGAUAACCCCUGUGCCACUUGGUAUUUCCAUACUGUGCCUGGAAUUCUGUUUAAUCUGGACUGUAAGAAACAGUAAUGACUGACUACAGUGUCUUUACACAAAUUGUUUUUCUUGGCUAAUGAUUUUUUUCCUUGAUCUGUAAUCUUAGAACUUUAUACACUCUGGUGCCUUUCUUCUUAAACUGCCUUUGGUUCAGGCUCAAACUCCAAACAAGGUUUGGAUUCAUGGGUUUGCAUCAACCUGUUAAACCAUGAGACAUUUUAAGUCAAAUAUAUGAAUGUCAGGAUCACCUGGAAAUGGAAUGUAUUGCUUUUAAUUUGCAUUGAUUUUGAUCCAAUAGGUGGCAGCAUGACACUUACGAAUUUGUAGCUGGAAUAGAGUUUUGUAUGGCGACCAUAGGAAUUUUUUUCUGUGCCAAAUAGUGUACACUGGUGUAAAUAAAUGAAAAUAUAU